ACAGCUGAUUUAAAAAUAUUUGAUAUUAAGAGUAACAGAGAAGACUAGAAUUAAAUGCUAGAGAUUUAAUUGUUAAACAAAGACAGGAAUUAUUUUUUUGCCCCACUACUUUUGACCAGGAUUUAUUGUUUAUUAAUGUUCAUGUGUGUGUAACGUGGUCGCACUUUGAGUGCGGCAAGUAAACAAACAAAACAAGAUUGACAUCAGUUGAUAUCGUUCCUAUUAUAACCGUCAUUAUCAUCACCAUCAUCAUCGUCUCAUAACUGUAGAAUUGUAUAGAAUGGCUCCAGCACCUAGUAAAUUUUUAACGAAACAAAAUGUCGCUGGUGCAUUAGCGAUCAGUGCAUUGAUUUGGUUACUUAAACGCAAACGAACUAAACGUUCAAUAAAAUCAAGAACUUUAUGGCCGACGAGUGAUGUACACUAUGUCAUUAAAGAGGAAAAGCCUAAAGGUCCUCCUAAAGCCCACGUCAAUGCUGUUUUUUUCAAACAACUUCGUCAGUUACUAUCUAUUGGUAUUCCUGGAUUACUUACACCUGAAACCGGCUUUAUUGUAUUGGUAGCUGGAUCACUUGUUGUUAGAUCAUUAUGUGAUCUAUGGAUGAUUCGUAUCAGUACUCUCAUUGAAGGGACAAUUGUCAAUAUGGAUGGUCCAAUGUUCAAGAAACGGUUAUUGACAUUUUUAGCUGCUUUACCGAUGAUAUCAAUUGUGAAUAAUCUUUUAAAAUAUGGAAUAGGUGAAAUAAAAUUAAGGUUGAGAACUAAUAUAACGAGACAUUUACUCGAUCAAUAUCUGAAGGGCUUCACUUACUACAAAAUGACGAAUUUAGAUACUCGUAUUGCUAAUCCUGACCAAUUACUCACAACGGACAUUGAUAAAUUUUGUGAUUGUUGUACAGAUUUGUAUAGCAAUAUUGCUAAACCAUUACUAGAUAUUUCAAUUUACGUUUACAGAUUGACAUCAUCUUUAGGUGGACAGACUCCUCUACUAAUGUUGGGGUACCUGCUUGUGGCUGGUAGUUUUCUUACGCACAUACGAAAGCCUAUUGCCUCAAUGACAGUAAAAGAGCAGCGUUUGGAAGGAGAAUUCCGGCAUAUUAAUUCACGUCUUAUCACAAAUUCCGAAGAGAUUGCAUUUUACCGUGGAAACAAUCGAGAAAAGUUAACUCUUUUUGCAAGUUUCCAUAAGCUUAUGCAACACUUGAGAUCACUCUUGGAAUUCAAAGUUGCUAUGGGCGUAGUUGACAAUUUUGUUGGAAAAUAUAUAGCAACAGUUGUUGGUUUUUAUGCAGUGAGUAUUCCAUUCUUUCAAAAAAAUCAUCCAGUGCUUUCUGGUUCACCCGAUCACCGAUUUAAAAAUUAUUACGAGAAUGGUAGAAUGCUGAUCAAAAUGGCAGAAGCUAUUGGUAGAUUAGUUCUCGCUGGUCGAGAAAUGACAAGAUUAGCUGGUUUUACAGCACGUGUAACAGAAAUACGUCAAGUUCUUGAUGAUUUAAAUAACGGAAAGUACACAAGAACAAUGAUAACGGAUGCUAAAAAUUUAUCAAUCGGUCAAGCAGGAGCAGGAAAAAUUAUUCCCAAGGAUAAUGUAAUUCGUUUUGAUCAUGUACCAUUAGUUACACCCAAUGGUGAUGUUCUUAUUCGUGAUCUUACAUUUGAAGUUAAAUCUGGAAUGAAUGUAUUAGUUUGCGGACCAAAUGGUUGUGGUAAAAGUUCAUUGUUCCGUGUGCUUGGUGAAUUAUGGCCUGUAUGGGGGGGAGUAGUUACAAAGCCACCGAGUACUAAAUUAUUUUACAUUCCUCAACGACCUUACAUGACACUCGGUACUUUGAGAGAUCAGGUUAUUUAUCCACACACUCAAGCGGAAAUGCAAAGACGUAAUCAUGCUAAGGAUGAAGAUUUACAAAAGUUUUUAGAUCUAGUACAGCUCAGUCAUUUACUAGAACGUGAAGGUGGAUGGGAUACAGUCGCUGAUUGGAUGGACGUAUUGUCUGGUGGAGAAAAACAACGAAUAGCUAUGGCAAGAUUAUUCUAUCACAAGCCACAAUUUGCAAUUCUAGACGAAUGUACAAGUGCAGUGAGUGUAGAUGUUGAAGAUUCAAUGUAUUCUUACUGUCGACAAGCGAACAUUUCAUUAUUCACUGUAUCUCAUAGACGUUCAUUAUGGAAACAUCACGAGUAUUACUUGUUAAUGGAUGGUCGAGGUUCAUACGAAUUUAAACCAAUUGAGCCUAAUACAGAAGAAUUUGGUUCGUAAAUUUUAGUGUCAAUUAUUUAAAAACCUCAAAUUAUUUAAUGGUAAUUGAAUGCAUGAGGUAUUGAAUUAUUAUAAAUUAUAAGAGAUGAUUAGUUUUUUAAAUAAGAAAUCAAAUUAAAAGACUUUAUUAAACAUAAAGUCAUUAGGAAUAAAUUCAAAUGAUGAAUCAAUUGAUAGAUACUAAUUAAUUAAAUGCAAAUUAUCAUUAUUUAAUAAUAAUUAAAUUCGAUUUGUGCACUAUAUUAAGAUAAUCAAUUAUACUGUUAUGCACAUCGAUUUUUUAAUUGUUUAAUAUUGAAAAACUAUUAAUAUAAGUAAAUUAAAAUUUUAUAGAGUAUUAGAAAAAGGAUUUUAUAUAU